AUGUACACCAGCUGGGGCUGCAGCCGCUCCUUCUGCAGUUCACGCAGGCUGUCCUCACCACCUGCGGCCUCCACGUCAUCCUCCACCUGCACCACAACGGCGAGGUGGCCCUCGGGAAGGCCAUUCUCUCUCUGCGCAGCCCACACAACAAUAUCCGCAACCUUUGGGGCGAGCCGCUUGCGCAGCUUCACCGUCGUGGCCUCCGCCGCGUUUAGCAACCUGAUAGCCUCGUACGACCGAUCAGUGGCUAUGCCCCCAUGGAACUCGAGAGUCGACCAGUGGCUGACGACGUCACGCGUCGAGUAG